AACCUCGAGUUUGAAAAAAAAAAUGCAAUCUUGGGUAAUCGGUGUUUACGUCGCAAUCAGCGCAAUGAUUUUUGGGUCAAGAGUUCGCGGCACAAUAGAUGUGAAUCUGAGCGAAUUGGAAUAUCUCGCGGCACGAUUGGAUCCGUUCGAGUGUCGUCGAUUGAUCGCCGCGCUUCAUUACACAACAUACGAUUUACCGAAGAAUCUCGCCGCAGCUGAGCGCAAAGUGGACGAGGAAAUUCCCUGCCUGCGUCAAUUGUUACAUUGGAAUAAUUCCCCCGGGGAGGGCAGAGGGAAAACACACGCAGCGAUUGUGCAUCGUCUCCGACAGCUAAAUCGCAACGACCUCGCCGACUGGCUCGGCAAAACAGCCUUCAAACAAUUGGGAAAGGAUCUGGAUAAUGCUAUUGCGCUGUCCUUCAAGGAGCUUACCGAGGAAACGGAAACUAGCACGUCAGCAUUCCACACGUUGCUAAUUAUAUUCAGGGCUGUGCAAGAAAAUAUGCGAUCGACGCAUAUUUUAUAUAAUAAGUGCAAAAUAAAUUUAAAGGAGAACAAAGGAAUAUGAGUAUCUGAAGAAGUUUGAACGAUUUAAAUAUCACGCACUGCAAUAAAGCUUUCAAUACUUUUUGCAAAAAGAAAGUUAAAAGAAUUAAAUAUUUAAAUAAAAUGUACUCGACAUGUGUAUCCGUCCAGCUCUGAUUAUAAUUUUUUCUUUUAUGCUUGCAUUAUUCUUUUUAAAACGCAAAAACUUUUGUCUAAAUAUAAUACAGAAAAUUCAUAACAAAAGAAGAAGAGAAAAGGAUUAUGUUGCUUGUUAAAAGCACACAUUUUUGAUUAUUAAAGCAAAUUUGAUUUUUAAAGCAAAUAUUCCAAUACAAAAUGUUAAAGAUUGGAGAUACGAGUUGGACUCUUCAAUAUUCUUUUAUUUUAGUCAUCAAUAUAUCCUUUUCUCAACGAAAUCCAAAAAGAACCUAUUGUUAAUUGCGAUCAUAUUCCAUAUCGCUUAUACAGUUUUCCUACCACAACUGAGUUUACUGCUUUGACUCGAGAGAGAGAAACCUGGAUACCUAUCGAUACGAUUCUUAUGGCGCUUCUGCUUGGACUAUUAGGAACGCUAUUUGUUUUAAUUGUAGCUAUUAUCAUACACAGCGUCAAGAGCAAUAAAAAUUAAUUACCGCGUGUACAUUCUUAUUCUCUUUAAGUAAAUCUUGUGUAAAGAUUUUUGUAUUAAAGAGUAAAUGAAUAAGAAAUAUAAUUUGUUUGAUUCUUAUUUUAUUAAUAAUUUCCUCUAUUUGUUGCAAAUGUAUUCUGAUAGAAAAUUGUGAGAUCUUGUUCUUUUAUGAACUUUAUAUUAAAUUUUAUAUAUAAAAAAACGAAGGUAUUCUUAACGUUUUUGAGAAAAUAGACAAAAAUUGCUUUUGCCGCAGUUUACAACCGUUCACAGUCGCCUUAAAGAAAAGAAUUUUCUUCGCGAUAUUUUUAAGAUAUCUAGGAAAGAAGUUAAUAUGCGUAGAUGAGCAUUCGGGUGUAUAUUCUCGUGUAAAACUCUUAAAACACAACGUAUAUAAUAAUAUUUACAUGAAAAAUGUCGUAUAUAAUAAAGCUGUGCUAUAUAAUCUCUCAUAAUAGGAUCGUUUCCAUAAAAAUGAUAAUUGACGUUCAACUGUAUAGUUCUGUCCUUAGGAAGAUGGAAACACAAUUAAAUCUUAAUUAUCUUUGAUUAAUAUUUAUGGAAAUGAUUCAUAUGCAGGAUUAAUCAGAGAAUCGCGUGAAUGUGAUAUUGGAUCGUAUUAUACAUAUAUGAGUAAUACAUUACUUU